CAAAGAGCUCAGCUGCUGCUCUCCCAGCCGAGAGGAAACCCCAGCGCUGGACCGGAGACGCUGCCGUCUGAUGCAGAUAACUUCCACCUUGCGAUCAGUGCAGCUUUUCCAUGCUUCUGAGGUGAAAAGCCAAACCCGCCGCUCUGCCAAGCACUUCAGGCAAAGUCCCCUUUGGGGCAGGGCACCGCGUGGGCUGAAACCAGCUGGGAGGGGGGUUGUUUACAAAACUCCUCCAAAGCCCUCGCUUUCACACACUGCUCCUGCUAACAUUGGCCAGGGGUCGGGGACACCCCCCAGGGGCUGGUCCCUGUGAGAGGCUUAGGAGUCUGCUUCUGCCUCCGGCCUGGCCUGGCUGGAGCACCAGGAGUGGAGGCUGCUUCGGGGCCCAGCGCUGCCUGUGCAUUUCCUGGCCAGGAACGGGGCUGGCAGUGGGGUUUGAACAGCUGCCCGUGUCCGGGGCUCGGGCUGCAGUGCCCCUGGCCAGGGGAAGUAUGUAACCCCUGGGAGCCUAGCAUGGUCCUUUGUUCCCCUUCCCCUCCAGGUGUGUGACUGCUGCUGCCUUGUGCACAUACAUCCCCAAAUUGCUGGUUCAGUCCCUGGCGGUGACCCGUCGUCAGUGCUUCAGAAGGUGCUGUUUUUAUAGGGUCUCUCUCCUGGCCGAACAGCCAAAUCCCUGUGGCCCCCGUAACCCCUCAGCAAAGCUGCUCUUCCUGGGGGUUUGCUUGCUGGCUCUUCCCACCCCCAGGUCCCUGCAGCUUGGAGCCCUGCCUGCAGGGAGGGGAGCUCAUCUGACACUCCUCAAAUUACCUGCGCUCCGGGAUCAGAUUCGCUGGGCUGGGAGCUGGAGCCAUCUAUAAUUCAGGAGGGGCAGCUACCAUUGUGGCCCUGAAAGCAGGGCGCCACGAUGCUGCGGAGAUCAGGCCGGCGAAGCAAGAAGGCUGGCGAGGAGGAGGAGGAGGAGAAGUCCAUGGAGAACGGGGUGUCCCCAGAGCAGGGGGCCACAGAGGCCUCGCCUGAAGUGGGGAGAGUUGGGGAUGGUGCCCCCGCUGCCUGCUCGCAGCCCUCCCCGCGGAUCCGGCCCAGGCUGAUCUUCCACACGCAGCUCGCCCAUGGCAGCCCCACGGGCAAGAUCGAGGGCUUCACCAACGUGAAGGAGCUGUAUGCCAAAAUCGCCGAGGUCUUCGACAUCUCUCCCACCGAGAUCCUCUUCUGCACCCUCAACACCCACAAGGUGGACAUGCAGAAGCUGUUGGGGGGCCAGAUCGGCCUGGAGGAUUUCAUCUUCGCACAUGUGCGGGGCGAGACCAAGGAGGUGGAGGUGACCAAGACGGAGGAUGCGCUGGGGCUGACCAUCACCGACAACGGGGCGGGCUAUGCCUUCAUCAAGAGGAUCAAGGACGGGAGCAUCAUGAACCGCGUCCAGACCGUGCGCGUGGGCGACAGCAUCGAGGCCAUCAACGACCAGAGCAUCGUGGGCUGCCGCCACUACGAAGUUGCCAAGAUGCUGCGGGAGCUGCCCAGGGCCCGGCCCUUCACCCUGCGGCUGGUGCAGCCCAAACGGGCGUUUGAUAUGAUCGGGCAGAGGACCAAGAGCAGCAAGUGCCCGGGCGAGGGCAAGGUGGCCAGUGGCAAGGAGACCUUGCGGCUGCGUGCCCGGGGCACCGCCAGCCUGGAGGAGGUGCCCAGCGCCUGGGAGGAGGAGGCUGCCCGGAGGGUGGACGACCUGCUGGAGAGCUACAUGGGCAUCCGGGACGUGGAGUUGGCCUCAACCAUGGUGGAGGUGGCCCGGGAGUGCCUGAGCCCCGCGGAGUUUGCCAAGAGCCUGGACUCAGUGCUGGGCGAGUUCGCGUUCCCGAGCGAGUUCGUGGCUGAGGUCUGGGCCGCCAUCAGUGGAGCCAAGGGGGGCAGGAAAUAGGGGGGGCUGAGCACUUGGCCUGUGACGCCUGCCCCCCAGCCAUGCGCUCCCUACUGUCCCAGCUGCAGCCCCCGUCCUCCUGCUCUGGGGGGGAGCCCUGCGGUGCCCGCAUUGGCUGGCUGGGCCCAGCUCCUACCCCAGAGAAGCCCCACACCGAGCUGGGCACGGGCUGGCGAGGGCCCCUCCAAGGAACCCAGGGGAUCUGCCUCAGGCCCCAGUUAGAUGGGGUGGUGGGCCCGGGGGGAGGGGAAGGGCAGUCCCUGCAGGCUCAGGGCUAGUCCAGGCCGUGGUGCCCAUCCUGGCUAUGAGCCCAAGAGCUGGCAGCUCCUCAGGGCCUCAGUGGGUCCCUCCCCUGGAGCCACCGUCCAUCGCUGCCUCCCUCUUCUGCCCCCUGCAUAGCAGCCAGGGCUGGGGCUGAACCCAGGGGGCAGUUGGGGGAACCCUGGGGAGUGGGGGACAGGCCAGGACUCAUGUGGGGACGUGGGGCUGGUGUGACUCUGACCUUUUCCUCUCCCUUUGCGCGAUGACUUCCCCCACCCGCAGCCAGUGGGCGAGGGGGGC